CGUUCACAGAGAGACGUGACAGAGAGACGUGACAGAUCGCCUCAGAGCACGUCCCCACUGCACAGCACUUCCACAACAUGUCUGAAAACCAGCGGGGUCUCGUCUACCUGCUCACCGGAGGCUGCGGCUUCCUCGGCAGGCAUCUGCUGCGGCUCCUGCUGGAGAAGGAGGACAAACUGGCGGAGGUCCGGGUGUUUGACAAGCACAUAGAUUCAAGUUUGAAUGGACUCAGCACAGAGCAAACAAAGGUGGUGGUGAUACAGGGGGACAUCACAGACUACAGCAGUGUUCUGGAGGCCUCCCGAGGGGCCGAUGUCGUCAUCCACUCAGCCAGCUUGGUAGACGUUUGGCACAAAAUCCCAGAGACACUCAUCUUCUCUGUCAACGUCACAGGAACAGAGAAUGUGAUCAACGCAUGUGUGGAGUGUGGCAUCCAGUGCCUGAUCUAUACCAGCAGCAUGGAAGUGAUUGGGCCCAACAUCAACGGAGACCACUUUGUCAGGGGAAAUGAAGACACACCCUACCAAGUGAAGCACACUAUGGCCUAUCCUAAGAGCAAGGCAAAAGCAGAGAAAAUCGUGCUUGAAGCUAAUGGCACCAAGGUGAAGGGUGGGAAGUGUUUAUACACAUGCUCUUUGAGGCCGACGGGGAUCUAUGGCGAGGGGCACGAGCUAAUUAAGGAUUUCUACAAGCAAAGUGUACAAAGGGGAGGCUUGGUAAUCGGGGGUGUCCCAGAAGACUCUGAACAUGGACGGGUCUAUGCAGGCAAUGUGGCGUGGAUGCAUAUACUUGCAGCCCAAGCCCUGAGAGAGCGUCCGCAGACAGUUGGAGGUGAAGCUUUCUUCUGCUAUGAUGACUCACCCUACAAGAACUACGAGGAUUUCAACAUGCAGUUCCUCUCAACAUUUAAGUUCCGAAGGGUCCGCAUGCCCUCACUGGUGAUCUGGUUCCUCGCCAUGUUUAAUGAUGUGCUUCGCUGGAUACUGAGCCCCUUGUACAACUACACUCCGUUGCUCAACAGUUACACCUUGGCCAUAGCUAGUACCUCCUUCACUGUCAGCACAGACAAAGCCCAGCGCCACUUCCAGUACCGCCCUCUGUACGACUGGGAACAAUGCCGAGCCCGCACACAGAAAUGGGUUGACACAUUCCCUCUGGAAGACCCCAAAAACUCCUAAUGUGACUACUGCAACAGGCAUCAGAAGCUGCUAAACACACACGCAGGACUCCAGAUACACAGUGUGUGGACUAACCUGCUGUUAAGUGACAGUAAAACAAUGAAAAACAAACUGUUUUACAGUAUUAAAAAGAUUCAUUGUUGUAUCUGUUUAAGUCUUAGUAUUUUUGCUCACUUAUAAAGGAAACAUAAUGACAACAUUUGUUCAGGUGGAGCACAUUAGUUAAUUUAGUGCCAUUUAAGAAUGAUUUAUUAUUGAAUUCCAUUGAUAUCAGCUCAUGUGGUACAGUAGCCAGGGGAUCGUUGUUUUUUUAAGAAUGUACUGUAGAAUUUAGAUAAUAAAUGUCUACAUCGGAGAUUUUCUAACAUCAGUAUUUGUAGUUAUGUAAAUUAUGACAAAUGUAAACGCAAUUUACAAGCAUUUACUGGACUUUAUAUUGACAUAUUGUAGUAAUAUAUAUUGCCGAUAGCAAUGUUUUAUGUUGCAUAAUUUAAAUAUUUUUACAAUUAUAUUGUCGAUGAAAUGUA